GCGGGGGCUGUCGCCGCCGCUCCUCCGGGCUUGACAGCGCGGGUUCUGGUGCUGCGCUUUCCUCCUCCCGCUGCUGCCUUUCCUUCAGGCUCGUCUGCCCGGCCGCGCUCCGGCCUCCCGCGCCGCUCCUUCCCCAUGUCCGCGGCAGGAGCCCUGAAAGCGCAGACCCGCUCGCCGCCGCUCCGCCAUGUCCGAGCUGACUCGCGAGUUGCUGGAGCUGGUGUGGGGCGUCCGGAGCAGCCCCGGCCUCUCGGACACCAUCUUCUGUCGCUGGACGCAAGGGUUUGUGUUUAGCGAAUCAGAGGCAUCUGCAUUAGAACAGUUUGAAGGUGGCCCCUGUGCUGUUAUUGCACCUGUGCAGGCAUUUCUUUUGAAGAAGCUCCUGUUUUCUGCUGAGAAGUCUUCUUGGAGGGAUUGCCCAGAGGAAGAGCAGAAGGAGCUCCUUUGUCAUACCUUGUGUGAUAUUUUAGAGAAUGCUUGUUGUGACGACUCUGGGCCCUACUGCUUGGUGUCAUGGAUAAGAGGAAAGACUACCCAGGAAAUGGAUCGUAAUUCGGGAGGUCCCGCAGAGUCCAGUUGCCAAGUGGACCAUUCUUCUGCCUUGGCUGUCGAAGAGCUUGGCUUUGAGCGAUUUCAUGCAUUAAUUCAAAAAAGAUCAUUUGGAAGUUUAUCAGAAUUAAAAGAUGCUGUCUUGGACCAGUAUUCAAUGUGGGGAAACAAAUUUGGAGUAUUGCUUUUUCUAUAUUCUGUAUUACUGACAAAGGGUAUUGAAAACAUAAAAAAUGAAAUUGAAGAUGCAAGUGAACCUUUGAUAGAUCCUGUAUAUGGACAUGGCAGCCAAAGUUUAAUUAACCUCCUGCUGACGGGACAUGCCGUGUCUAAUGUGUGGGACGGUGACAGAGAGUGCUCAGGGAUGCAACUUCUUGGUGUACAUGAACAAGCAGCCGUGGGGUUUCUAACACUAAUGGAAGCUUUAAGAUACUGUAAGGUUGGUUCUUACUUGAAAUCUCCAAAAUUCCCUAUUUGGAUUGUCGGCAGUGAAACUCACCUCACCGUAUUUUUUGCCAAGGAUAUGGCUUUAGUUGCUCCCGAGGCUCCUUCAGAACAAGCCAGGAGAGUUUUCCAAACCUAUGAUCCAGAAGAUAAUGGGUUCAUACCUGAUUCACUUCUAGAAGAUGUGAUGAAAGCUUUGGACCUUGUUUCAGAUCCUGAAUAUAUAAACCUCAUGAAGAAUAAAUUAGAUCCAGAAGGAUUAGGAAUCAUAUUAUUGGGUCCAUUUCUUCAAGAAUUUUUUCCUGAUCAGGGCUCCAGUGGUCCAGAGUCCUUCACCGUCUACCACUACAAUGGACUGAAGCAGUCAAACUACGACGAAAAGGUGAAGUAUGUGGAGGGGACUGCGGUGGUUAUGGGAUUUGAAGACUCCGUGCUGCAGACCGAUGACACGCCCAUUAAGCGCUGUCUCCAGACCAAGUGGCCAUACAUCGAGCUGCUCUGGGCCGCUGACCGCUCUCCCUCGCUGAACUGACUGGCCGGUCACUGACGCAGAUGCUGGCAGAGGAGGCAGGACUGGCAUUGGCUGAAUCAGUCUAUACACUGGUGUCAUUGAUGAGCUGUAAAUACCAAUUUAAAACACUUUUUUAGUGUUUAAGAUAUGCUUAAAUUAUUUGUUUUAAAGUUUAUGUUAAAGAUUAUCCUAUUUGGACCCUUGAUUUGAAAUUCACUACCAGAAAUAAGCUUUAAUCGAAGUUCAUUGCUUUUGAAGUCAGAUAAUCAGUCAUUUAUUUAGCUGAUUGCAAAUGUCAUAACUGUUGUAGCAUUUGUAUAUUGAAUAUCAAGAUUACUGUUUACAAACAUCUACCCUGAGGUUCUGUCUCAUUCAGGCACAUUUUAUUGUUUUAAAUGAUUCCAGCAGUAUAUCAGCCUUUGCAUUGAAAUGCAGAAGAGUGAAUUUUUGUCAUUUCUUUUAUAAAACUGGUUUUCCAUUGGAAAUAUUGAUAAAUUAUUAACCUGGAUCCUCUGACAGUUGGCUUAUUUCUGGCACUUUUUACAAAAAAUAGAAACUAGAGGGGAAGUUACCAUUUAUUCACAGAUCCACAAGGGGAAAAAUUUUUUAAAUUGAUAGGAAGGAGAAUCUGUUUCAUAUCCCAGACACUGUUAACUUUCACUGUAUUGCCAAAUACGCUUUUCCAAAUUUGUCCCAACAGCCCUGUAUGCCAGCUUCCUUGUCUAUUUAUAAAUGCAGUAAAUGCAUGAGAACAUCUGUUAUUACAUUAGAAAUUGCAUUAUUUAUUAUGGUCCUAGUGAUGGCCUAAAUAAACACUUUUUUUCUUUAA